AUGUCGGAGGAGACGAAUUCGAAGUUUCACAUAGCCAUGUUUCCAUGGUUUGCAGUUGGUCACAUCACCCCAUUCCUCCACCUCUCUAACGAGCUCGCCAAGAGAGGCCACAAAAUCUCCUUCUUCUUGCCUAGGAAAGCCCUAAUUCUCUUGGAAAACCUUAAUCUACACCCCAACCUCAUCACCUUCCACCCGCUCACCGUCCCCUCGGUCGCCACCCUCCCUCCGGGGACUGAAACCGCCUCCGAUAUCCCCAUCUCCGACGCUCCCUCUCUCGCCGUUGCCAUGGACCUCACUCGCCGCCAGUUAGAGGUCUCCCUGCAGGCCAUGCGGCCCGACUUCAUCUUCUACGACACUGCCCACUGGAUCCCCCAAGUGGCCAGGCCGCUCGGCAUAAGGACAGUCUGCUAUAAUGUUGUUUCCGCGGCUGCAAUCGCCAUCGUCCUCGUGCCAGCGCGCGAGGUGACCCCAGGGAAGCCGCUCACGGAGGAAGAGCUGGGGAAGCCACCGGUAGGGUACCCAUCAAAUACGGUUGUGCUGCGUGGCAACGAAGCCCGAUCCCUCAUAUUCAUAUCCCUGCCUUUCGGCGACAACAUCACAUUCCAUGGCCGCACCACUACCGCCAUGCGAGAGUGCGACGCGAUCGCCUUGCGGACGUGCCGAGAAAUAGAAGGGGACUUGUGUGCCUACAUCAGCAAUCAAUACGGUAAGCCCGUCUUCUUGACUGGCCCGGUCUUGCCCGAGCCCGCGAUGGAGACGCUGGACGAGAAGUGGGCUGAGUGGCUUAGUCGGUUCGAGCCUGGGUCCGUGGUGUUCUGCGCGUUUGGGAGCCAGCACGUUCUUGAAAAGGGCCAGUUCCAAGAACUCCUGCGAGGUUUUGAGUCCACAGGUUUGCCAUUUUUGAUAGCUCUCAGACCACCAAUCGGGACAAACUCUGUAGAAGAAGCUUUUCCUGAGGGUUUCGAAGAGAGAGUCCGAGGGAGAGGAGUGGUUCACGGCGGUUGGGUCCAACAGCCACUGAUCUUGAGCCACCCAUCCGUCGGGUGCUUCGUGAACCAUUGCGGGUUCGGGUCCAUGUGGGAGUCACUGCUGGGCGAUUGCCAAAUAGUGAUGGUCCCACAUCUGGCUGACCAGAUCCUGAACACGAGACUGCUGGCCAACGAACUGAAAGUGGGCGUGGAAGUGGAGAGAGAAGAGAGCGGGUGGUUCUCGAAGGAGAGCUUGUGCAGAGCCAUCGAGAGCGUGAUGUAUGAAAAGAGUGAAGUGGGUCUGUUGGUGAAGAAGAACCAUGCGAAGUGGAGAGAGGUUCUGGUGAGCCCUAACUUCAUGACUGGCUACAUCAACAGGUUUAUUCAGAAUCUGCAGGAGCUUCAAAUGAAAAAUUAGAGGUAUUGAUAUAGAGAGAUCCUAAACAGCUACAGCUGCAAGUUUGGUGAACGGGCAAAGAUAGCGAAUUACAAAAUCAGUAUAUGUUCCCUCCCAUCAAAGAAUUAUGAGAGUUCCUUCCUACUAUAUAUGGUACAACCAUGCAUUAU